AAUUUGAGUAGUGUAUUAGUGUUAAACUAAACGGAAUCUUGUCAAAUUGAUAAAUAAAAUUCCAGGUUCCAUCAACGAAGAUACGAGAUACUUGAAACAGAAUGUUAUGUUUUUCAAUAUGUCAAAGAUUAAAAUGCAUUUAUGUGGUCUCUCUUCUACUACCCAUAAUGAACUCAUCACUCUUGACAGCAGUAACAAUUGAGUCAUCUACGGAGAAUACAGCUGACGACACAAGUAUAUCCGCUUCCGUUAUAAAUCGAAGCAAUAAAAUAAUAAGAAAUCCAACCAUUCCGAAACCUACAAUAAGAGUUGAUAAUCAUAGCUACAAGGACGGCGAAAAAAAUGGAGACCGUUCGAAGCAGUUACUUGUGGCAUUGUCAUCCAAAUCUUACAUUAGUAAGCCAAAUGCAACAGCUCCCACACCGGUUAAACUUACAAAGCGUGCUGGCUCCGCUGCGGAGAUAAAACAUAAAAAAAUAACCAAAGAGAAUUUAAAUCGAACGGGAGAUAUUGCAACACGAGGAAAACUCCGUCAAGAAGUAGACCACAUUCCAGACUCAUCAGGACAUAUUCCUUAUCGGAUAAACCGCCCACAUCUAGGACUGUCAGGAUUCGAAUCCGCUGGAAUGAGCUCGAGUUCAAAUGAUGGCGGAGACGACUACCAUAAUUUGUCCUAUGAGUCAGAUAAGUGGCCAAGUGAUUACUGGGAACGUGACUACAACAAAAAUUUCCUUUAUAACAAUACUCGAGUACACCACAUUGAAGCGGAGUGUCAGGAUGAUUACAUGAAAAUUCGGAUUGGAUUUAAUGCUACCUUUAAUGGAUUAAUAUAUUCAGCUGGUUAUGCAUAUGAUCCCGACUGCAUGUAUAUAAAUGGUUCUGGUCGGGAUUAUUACGAGUUUUUCAUUCAGUUGAAUCGCUGUGGAACUUUAGGAAAAAAUGCGCUUCAUGAAGAAAAAAGGAAAAAUCCAACUAACUUUAUGUGGAAUACUGUGACAGUACAAUACAAUCCACUCAUAGAAGAAGAAUAUGAUGAACACUUUAAAGUCACCUGCGAAUAUGGCUACGACUUUUGGAAAACAGUGACCUUUCCAUUUUUAGACGUCGAAGUAGCGACCGGCAACCCCGUUGUAUUUACUUUAAGUCCACCAGAGUGUUAUAUGGAAAUACAAAAUGGAUACGGGAUUGGAGGACCACGUGUCACUGGACCUGUGCGAGUUGGCGACCCCCUAACAUUGAUAAUUUACAUGCGCAGCAAAUACGAUGGUUUCGAUAUUGUUGUAAACGAUUGUUAUGCACAUAACGGUGCUAACAAAAAGAUUCAGCUUAUUGAUGAAUACGGUUGUCCUGUGGAUGAUAAGCUAAUUUCCAGAUUUCGAGGCUCUUGGUCUGAUUCGGGAAUUUUCGAAACCCAAGUAUAUGCAUAUAUGAAAACUUUUCGCUUUACAGGCUCGCCAGCACUAUAUAUAGAAUGUGAUGUACGAAUGUGUCACGGCCGAUGUCCGAGUCAGCCAUGUCACUGGCGCAAUUCGAAAACUGUAGCCAAACGAGAUAUAUCAAAUUCAACAACACUCGAUUUACAAUCUGUAUUAGACUCAACUGCGUCUGAAGUAGAGAAAACAAAUUCAUCACAAAAUUCCGGAAAUAGCUUAGAAGUUGAUAUAAUGACUAUAUCAAACUCAGAUAAACAGCCUGCUUCGUUAUCGGAGAAUUUGAAUCUGUUUCAAUCGUUGCGUGUACUCCAGGAAGGUGAGUCCGAUGGGAAUGGGUUUUACCCACAUUCUCGUCGGUUGGAGCCUCAAGGAAAUCAAACAUGUAUGAAAACGACUACAUUAUCAGCAUUAACAAUAAUUCUCUCUAUAGCAAUGUGUUUACUCUCGGGCACUCUAGUAGUAACUUGCUCUCGGCUAAAGAGACGCAGCAAAGAUGCAUCUUUGUAUGAAACGUACAUUACUCACAAAGGGCAAAUUGAUUAAUGACUGCUUAAUUCACUUAACUAAUGCUAAGUAAAUAUGUAAAUAUGAUUUUUUCCCUUAACUUGACCAUGUCUAAUUAAAAGUAAUAUAAUAUAGA